AUCUCACAAAAAUUCAAAAAUUCGACGAAAACCGUCACAUAUAUAUAUUGUCCACAUUUUCCGUGCAGGGGUAGGCAAUUCUUGGUCUCUACAGAAAAGGUUUAGAAAAGCUAAGACUAAAAAGACGAAAACAAAACCUUUUUUUUGUCGUUUUUUUUCACACCUAUCUUUUGGGAAACCAGAUUUGCCUGCCCCUGCACUGGGAGAUAAGGCCCCAUCCGUGAGGGUGCUCCAACAUCGGACCAUGGAGCAGGACCCGAUGGAGGAAAUUUUCACCAUCUCGUUGAAGCCACUUCUAUUUCCCGAAAGCUUCACCAAUACCUUCUGCGGACGACCUUUAAGCCUCCAGCACGACUUUAACAUCCGAAAAGAUUCAGACGACAACGAAUUGAUACUAACCAUUUUGAGAGAUGGACAGACAAGUGAAGGACACCAUCAAGACGAUGCUGAAAGAACAACCCUCAUUAUCAAAUUUAAUUUGAUUUGUAAGAAAUUUGGAAAUAUGCAUCCUGAACGAUUUGCAAAUGUUUGUAUUGGUUCUGAAAAGUUGGAGUUUUUGAAAAAUACUAACUCUGAUAUAUCAAAUAUACUCUCCAAAUAUUCGGGAAAGAAAAGUCAACAUAUGAUUGGUAUGUUUUUCGCUGAAGGAUAUAAAAAAAUUAUAUUUUUCUCUGUUCCCAAACCAAAUUAUUCUGAAAAUUGUCAAGAUUUAAAUGAGCACACAGAAGAAAUUAUCAUAAGACUAAUCAAUGAUUAUCUGUCAAAACAUUUUUAUAACAAAAAGCCUAAAGGAAUUAUCGUUUUAUAUUCAACAAACAGCCCAUGUAUAAAAAGGGAAAACGAUACAAAAGUUGCUUGUAUGUUCCAGCUUUUAGUUAUAGCCAAGCAUUGGAAAAUUAAAUAUGGAAUAGAUACAAAGUUGUAUUUCAAAAAAUGUUGGGGACCAAUUAAACGGAAUUGUUCUGAAGUUAUUCGAAGUAUUCCUGAUCGAUUCGCCAAACAACAAAUACAGUUUAGUAUCCAGCUGAGCCAUAAAAAACUAAAGAAAUUGUCUAUAAAAGAUUUGUUUUCCAUGGUUCCAGAUAAAACAGAUAGGAACACCAUUUUAAACGAAUUUAAAAACAUAAAGAAGGGUCUUAAUAUCUUGGUUAAAGAAAAAAAAUCUUUGACCUAUCAUGAACAUAUUGAUAAGGUAAAGACACUGAUUGCAGAGUGCACAUGCAACCCAAAAUUGAACGAUAUGGUUUUGGAUAUUUUGCAGGAAAAGGUAAAAAGUCAGGAAAAGGAAGGUAUUAGUGAAAAUGAGACAAAAAUUCUGAACUCUGUAUUAGUAAAGUCAUUUAUAGAUAAAUUAGAGUUAAUUUUAGGGGAGAGUAGUCCUAUAAAGUUUUAUCAGAUCCCGCUGAUGGAUUUGAGUUCUUCAUCAGAGGACAGACAGAUAUAGAAGACUGAGAUCUUGCUGCUGUAUUUUUUUAAUUUUAAUUUUUUAAAUAAGUAAUAAAUUCCCCAUCAAUUGUUUUUUCCUGGAUCUUUGUUGUCUACUCUUAUCUUUCAUAAAACCAAUUCAUUUGAG